ACGCCGUGGCUGAGGAAGACUCUGGCUAAAUUUGCUUUUGGGGACUUGAUCUUCUUUUCUGAUCUCCAACAUGGACGGAGCGCUGGACAAACUGGACGCUGCAGGUUUCUUGCAAAUCUGGCUAUAUUUUGAUAAAGAUGAUAACGGUUACAUCGAGCAAAAGGAGCUGGACGCCUUUUUCAAACACAUGCUGCUUCAUCUUGGCAUGAAGAAGGAGGACGUGACUGAGGAUAAAAUCCAAGAGCUGAGAAGAAGAUGUGCUCAUCGCCCUUCAGCAGACGGACGGCUGCUCAUUCAGCAGCUGGCCUCAGUGAUGCUCCCUGAGGAGGAAAACUUUCUACUUUUAUUCCGCCAAGAGACGCCGCUGGACAACAGCGUGGAGUUCAUGAAGAUCUGGAGAAAAUAUGAUGAAGACAGCAGUGGUUACAUCUCAGCCAAUGAGCUCAAGGGUUUUCUUCAGGAUCUCUUCCUGCAGCACAGGAAGUCCAUCACAGCCAGCAAACUGGAGGAGUACACCGUAACCAUGUUGAAGAUAUUUGACAAAAACCAGGGUGGGAAGCUGGAUUUAAACGAUCUGGCCAGAAUUUUGGCGGUGAAAGAAAACUUUCUGUUGAAGUUUAAGAUGGAUGCUUGUAGCCGGGAGGACCGAAACAGAGACUUUGAGAAGAUUUUUGCUCACUACGAUGUUAGUAAGACUGGAGCGCUGGAAGGCCCUGAAGUGGACGGAUUGGUCAUGGAUAUGAUGGAGCUCGCAAAGCCCAGCAUCAGUGGAGCAGAACUCAACAAGUUCAGGAAAGCCCUGAUGAGCCACUGCGACAUCAACAGAGACGGGAAGAUCCAGAAAAACGAGCUGGCUCUCUGCCUGGGCCUCAAACUCAGCUGAGAUGACGUCUCUGCGUCCGGCCCAGUCCUGUUUUCCUCCAUCAGUGUGGCCCCCUUAUGUUUCCAUCCUUGGUGAUGAUGCUCUUUGGUUUACCCUCCCUUCAUCCAGUUUGCACAGAGAACUGGAAUUUAGUUUGCAUGUUUUAUCCAAAGAAAGCCAAAAUCCUCCUUUAGACAUUUGUGUUUGAUUCGCAUCCUAACAUAUGUGUGGAUUUGAAUGGGUUCUAAAAUCUGCACCUUCUUGACAUGUGACGUGUGAAACCCCAUCUGUGUUCCCCAAAAUAACAUUUUAAGGAUCAAAGCAGAUUUCUAUUUCUACUUCGCAUCUUAUUUAUGAAUCAUUUUAUGCUUUAUUAUGUUGGGGGGGUGGAGGGUAUUGUGUGAGUGUUUUAUAUUCUUUUGUGUGUAAAGGUAUUUGUUGGUACAUUCUUGUACUAUCUAAAUCACUUUGAGUCACAUCCAGGUGUAAUCAAAAUAAAGAUUGCUUUGAUUUGUAUUUUAUUCUGCAAAAAUGGUAAAAUAUGAACAAUUUGUCACUUUUUUUUCAUUUGUCACCAUCUCCUUGUUGUUUACAAAAGUGCUUGACUUCUGUAUUGUCAUUUAAAUAUUAUUCUUUCUGCAAAUUAAAGCCCAAGCAUGAUCUUUAAAAACGAAUAAAUGAAUGGAAAACUUG